AUGCGAAAAUAAACACAUUAAAGUAGAUAAAGCUUUUCAUGUAAUCCAAAGUUUAGAGAAAAACCAUUAAAUGAAUCUUAAGUUAGUAAUUUAGUAACAGAAAAUUAAAAGUUACUUUAAUAAAAUGAUAAGCUUAUAUAAUAAUUGGAACAUUUAAGAGAAGAGUAUGAAUCCUUAGCUACAAGUGGAAUAUAAAGUGUUAAGAGUUAGAGAAAUAAGAAAAUUGAAUUUGAUUAAUCAUGUGAAGAAAUGAAUAAAUUGAAAAUUUAGAAAGAAAAAUUAAUUGUUGAUAAUGAAUGUUUAAGAAGAACAAUAACAAAGUUAUAAUAUCAACUUGAUGAAAAAAGCAAGUUUAUAGAAAAAUUACAAAAUUCUUAAAACGAUUAUGAAUAAUUAAAAUAACGUUUAGAAGAAACUGUUUAAGUAGUGAAUGACCUAGAAAUAUAAUUGCAAGAUUAAUAUUAAUAAUAAAAAUAAUUUGAAUAUAACUAAAAAGUAAUAACAAUUAGUAAUUUGGAUGCUUAGGAACAUUUAUCUUCUCAUUAAAAGAUGAAUGAAAUAUAAAUCAGUUAACUCAAAGAAUAAAAUAAUAAACUUAAUAAAUUGCUUGAAGAAAGAUUAAUUUAAUUAGAAAAUAUAACAAAACUAUUAAAUUAAAGAAAUGAAGCAUACAAUAAAUUACAAGAAAGUUAUGAUCAAGAUUUAAUUGAUUUGAGAUAAAAUAAUUAAAAAUAGAUAUUUAAUUCUUCAGAUAAAGAAAAGAAAGCUUUGCAAAUUUAAGUUAAUUAAUUAAAGUAACAACUUGAAAAAUAAUAAUUAAACAAUAAUCAAAAUUAAUAAAAAGUCUAAUAAAAAAUAGAUGAAGAAUCAUAAAAAAUAAUAUAAGAUCUUUAAUCUUUAUUAAAAUAAAAAGAAUAUCAAGUAAAAGUUCUAGAAUAAAAGUGUGAUGAACUUUAAUAGAAUACAAAAGAUAUAUAAACAACAAUAGCUUCAAAUAAUUACGCAAAUAGUUAAAACUAUCAACAUAUGUAAUAAAGUCUCUAAGUUUUAAUGAAAGAAUUGGAUAUGUAAAAAUAAUAGAAUUAAAAGAUUAUCUAUGAUUAUAAUUAGAUGAGAAAUCUAAAUUAAUAAUUGACUGAGAAAUUAAGCUUUUAUAGUUAAAGUUAAUAGAAAAUGAUUCAUAAUUAUUCUCAUUCAUUUGUCUCAUCACCAGGUAGAUUAGACACAUAUCCUAUUAAAACUUCAUCAGUAUUGACAAAUAGAACAAAUAUAAUAUAAAAUGCUCCAGAUUCACCAUUCAGAAAAUAAAAACUUCAUUUAUUGUUUACUGAUGAACAAUAAAAGAUGCCUUCCAAUAUAUCUACUAAAAGUAAACUUUCUUUUAUUAUAGAAUUGUAGAAAUUGUUUAAGUGGCUUCAAAAUUAUUUGAAGUAGAUUAAAACUAGCAAUCAAAUAAAGAUAGAUUUUUAUUGCAUGAUUGA